AUGAAAAACCACACAGCAAUCACAACAUUCAUCCUGCUGGGACUGACAGAAGAUCCUCACCUACAGGUUUUGCUUUUUAUUUUUCUAUUUCUCACCUACAUGUUGAGUGUAACUGGAAAUCUGACCAUCAUUAUUCUCACCAUGGUGGAUCUCCACCUUAAAACUCCCAUGUAUUUUUUCCUCCAAAAUUUCUCUUUCUUAGAAAUCUCAUUUACAACUGCCUGUGUCCCAAGAUUCCUAUACAGCAUAUCAACUGGGGACAGAACGAUCACCUAUAAUGCAUGUGCCAUUCAACUGUUUUUAACAGAUCUCUUUGGAGUAACUGAAUUCUUCCUUUUGGCUGCCAUGUCCUAUGAUCGCUAUGUGGCCAUCUGCAAACCUUUGCAUUAUAUGACCAUCAUGAGCAACAAAGUGUGCAAAGCAAUGGUUAUUUGCUGUUGGAUGGCAGCAUUUCUCAUUAUUCUCCCACCACUUAGCUUAGGUUUUUACCUGGAAUUCUGUGACUCCAAUAUCAUUGAUCAUUUUGGCUGUGAUGCAUCUCCUAUCCUGAAGAUAUCAUGCUCAGACACCUGGCUGAUAGAACAGAUGGUGAUAGUGUGUGCUGUGUUGACAUUCAUCAUCACCCUCAUGUGUGUGGUUCUCUCCUAUGUACAUAUCAUAAAGACAACUCUAAAAUUCCCUUCUACUCAACAAAAGAAAAAAGCCUUUUCUACCUGUUCUUCACACAUGAUCGUGGUUUCCAUCACCUAUGGCAGCUGCAUCUUCAUCUACAUCAAACCAUCUGCAAAAGAAGAGGUAAACAUUAAUAAAGGUGUUUCAGUUCUUAUUUCUUCCAUAUCACCCAUGUUGAAUCCUUUUAUAUACACCCUGAGGAAUAAGCAAGUUAAACAAGCCUUUAAGGACUCAAUCAAAAAAAUUACAUUUCUCUUAAAGAAGUAA